AUGUACCAACCAGAGCUUCCUGCCAAGCUGGUUCUCAUCAUGGAACACAGCCACGGUGGCAGCAGCUUCCUUAAUACCCUCGGCAGGUGGAGUCGUCAAGAUGGCAACAGCCAGCGGGAUGUUCUGGCCUUGAACGUGCUGUUGCUAGGCGACAGGCAGAGUGGGAGGAGCUCCGUGGGGAACGCCCUGAUUGGUGGACACGAGUUCCAGACCGGCACCUGCGUUUGUGGCGUUUCCAUGACGACAGAGUACCAGGCCCUCAGCCGAAACUUCCCGCAGUAUUUCAGAAGACAGGGGGCGGAGUCUGACCUCAUGCUGAGAGUGAUCGACACGCCCCCUCUGCUGCCCCAAACAAAGAGCGUGCACGAGCUCUGCCCUGAGGGCGUGCACGUGCUUGUGCUUGUUGUGAGAGCUGACCUACCACACGAACACACACACCUGGAGCAGUGUGUGGAGAGUUCCUUCGGCCCAGAGUGGCGUCUUCACACCUUACUCAUCCUCACACAUGCUGACCACCUGAAGAAGGCGGGGCUUCACCCAUCUGUCUACCUAGCACAGACUGCUGAUUGGCUGGGAGCCUUGGCCAGUGAGGUGGCAGGUGGAGUCUUGUUUCUGGACAACAGCUGUGAUUGGCCGCUGAUCAGAGGACAGCCGCUGAGAGACCGCCUGCUCCGCCUCUCAGCCAGGAACCAUCACAGAGCUCUUAAAGUCCGGACAGAGGUCUCACUCGGACUCUAAUCUGCCCUCAGCUUCCAGAAAGGCAUUACAAAAAGCCACACAGGUGAAACCUGCAGAA